AUGCAUAGCACCGACGGCGUGUGCCACUCGCCGCAGUUCGUGCUGGGCGGCGGCGAGCUCCUGCUUGAGGGCGACAUGCGUGGCAGCGAGGCGCUGGUUGUCAAUAAGCAAACCCUGAAUCUCCUGAUGCUGAGCUGCGAGCUGCUCCUCGAUGACGGCGGGGUGGAGCGGCCGAAGUGGAGGGCCACCGAGUCGGGGAAAGGGCCCGUCCAUGUGGUCGUCAAGGAGGCCGGAGUGAGCAGGCCUGCCGAAAGGAGGAAGGCCAGGCUCGUGGAAUGA